AUGCGGUAUAUAGACAUAUGCUCUUUGUAUCCAACAGUUAUGUUUUAUGAUACGUACCCUGUAGGUCACCCCCUUGAAAUAUUCAAACCAGAACAAUACAACAAGGAAUGGUUUGGUUUGGUCAAAUGCAAGGUACUAGCUCCAAAAGGUCUUUAUCAUCCUGUGCUACCGAUUAAGCAGGAAAAACUGGUAUUCGCUUUGUGCGUGAGGUGUGCUGAGGAAAAGGUAGGGCAUUGUAACCAUACUGAUGAAGAGAGAGCUUUUGCAGGCACAUGGUCUACGGUUGAACUGAAUAAGGCUAUUGAAAAGGGCUACAAGAUACUUGAAACUUACGAGGUGUGGCACUUCCCUCAGACGAGCAACGAUCUGUUCAAGGACUACAUUAAGACUUUCAUGAAAAUCAAGCUGGAAACUAGUCCUUGGGAGGAUGAUUACGGUUCAAAAGAGGAAUACGUCAAAGCCAUAAAAGAUAAGCAAGGCAUUGAGCUGGACAUUGACAGAAUUGAGCCCAACCCUGGAAAACGUGCUGUCGCCAAGAUCUGCCUAAACUCUUUGUGGGGUAAAUUCGGCCAAAGACAAAAUUUGACACAAAAUGAGUUCAUCAGUGAUCCACAAAGGUGGUAUGAACUUUUACUAGAUGAUAAGAUAGAGAUAUCUAAUGUCAUCUUCAUCAAUGAAGAUAUGAUUGAGGUUAGCUACAAGUAUACUGAUGAGUACAUCGAGGAUAGUACUGCUACAAAUAUAUUUAUAGCAGCUUUCACAACAUCUAAUGUUAGGAUAAGAUUAUACGAAAUGCUUGAUCGCCUUGGGGAUAAAGUUGUCUACUACGAUACUGAUAGUGUAGUCUACAUCGAUGAUGGAACAAAUAAAGUUGAGACAGGGUGCAUGCUAGGCAAAUGGACUGAUGAACUUGGCAAAGAUGAUACCAUUAUUGAAUGGUUAAGUACAGACCCAAAAAGCUAUGCUUACUACUCUCACAAAGGCAGCCAGUGUACCGAAGUAAAAGGGUUCAGUCUCAACUAUGAAAAUAGUUUGAAAAUUAACAUGAAAACAAUUGCUGAUUUGGUACAUGGUAAAAGUGACAAUAUAACAACAAAUAACAAAAUGAUAACCAGGAAUAAGAAAACAAAAAAUCUUGUAAAUAAAGGUGUGGAAAAGGAGUUCAAAGUAACCUAUGACAAACGAAUGGUCUUGAAGGAGACAGAUGGUAUAAUUGACACUCUACCCUGGGGGUACUAA